AGGCGGGUGCAGGCAGCCAGGCGCUGCCAUUCAGUCUGCUGGCCGUGCCUGUGCUGCUGAGCUGCGGUGGAAGGAGGGCGAGCGAGUAGCUGAGGGUGUGCCCGGGCACUGGGACUGUGCACUGUCUACUGGGGGAGCCUGGCUUCGGGGAGAAUGCUGCUUCCACCGACCUGGGGGGCAGCUCUCGCAAUGUGAAAGGCUUCUGCCCCUCCUUCCCCACCCCCCCAACCCCCUACUUCCCCACCCCACCCUCCCUACCCCUCCUUGCGGGACAUGAGCGAAGAUCCCUGCGCAUCUCCGGAGAACAGAGAGAGCAGCGCCAGGGAGAAGCCAGGGCGGGUCCUUAUCCCGUCAGAUCCCGCCAGGCAGGCCAAGCGGAUCCCCAUCAAGAUCCUGAAGAUGCUGAGUGCUCAUAGCGGCCACAUCCUUCACCCGGAAUACCUUCAGCCCAUGUCAUCAACUCCGCUCAGUCCCAUCGAACUGGAUGCCAAGAAGAGUCCACUGGCUCUGUUAGCGCAGACAUGUUCUCAGAUUGGCAAGCCUGACCCUCCGCCAUCGGCCAAGCUCAGCUCAGCACUCAGCUCCUCUGAGAAGGAAUGUACCAGGCCCUCGUCCUCCCUCAAACUGGGUGAGGCUGCCACAGACGACAAGUCCAGCUUCAAGCCUUAUUCCAAGCCGGGCGCUGAGCCCAGGAAGGAGUGUGGGGAGAAGACUGGGUUCCGAGUGCCAGCUGCGUCCUGCCAAAGCUUCGUGGGUCACCCAUCCUCCUCUUCACCCGCUGUCUGCUCCCCGAGCCUGGCUGACAGCAAGACUGGAGAUUUGGAGGAGAAGAAAGAGCCUGAGGUGCGGCGGGCCUGCCCAGAGCACUCGCCAGGUGUGAACCCAGGCCACGGCAGGUCGGUCAGUGCCGGUGCUGUUACUGCCAGUGAAUCGAGCCAACAUCGGGACACACCGACUGCAGCCAAGUGUGACCCUGCCAGUGCCAGCCUGGCACCAGGACAUGUGGCACCGGUUUCACCGUACAAACCAGGGCACACGGUCUACCCUGGCCUGCCCCCAACCAGCAUGGGAUACCACGGGUCGAUUGUCGGAGCCUACACCGCCGCCUACCCCUCGCAGUUUGUCAGCACCAUGGAGCCCAAGCCCGGCCUGGUUGGGAGCCCUUUGUCCGGAGCCGUGGGCUGCCCAAUGCCUGGCAAGUCUGCCAACUCCAGCCCCCUAACUGGGGCCUCGCCUCCUGCUUUCAUGCAAGGAUUGUGCCGGGACCCCUACUGCCUGACCUACCACAACACCCCUCACCUUGGGGGGAGUGCUUGUUCCUCCUGUCUCCAUGACCCCUCCUCUCUGAAGUCUGGAUAUCCUCUGGUCUACCCGUCUCACCCCCUGCACUCUUCGGUCCUGACCACUGGUGCCACGCCACCCUUGGGUGCCCACCCAUUGUAUACCUAUGGCUUCAUGCUUCACAGUGACCCGCUGCCACACAUAUGCAACUGGGUGUCUGCCGGAGGGCCCUGUGACAAACGCUUCUCCAGCUCUGAGGAACUUCUCAACCACCUCCGCAGCCAUACUGCCCUGCCAGGGAUUGACAAGCUGCUGGCUGCUUACCCACCCCCGGCCUCCUGCAACUUACACCUUCCCCAGGCUCCUCCAGGGAGCCCCAAUGGCUUGUCUCUCCGCAGCCCCCACACCCUGGCACUCAGCAGGUACCAUCCAUACAGCAAGAAUCACCUGGCAGCGCCCACCAGCUCAGCUCUCACCAUGUCUGCUGCCAGCCCGUAUUACUCUCCAUACUCCCUGUAUGGACAGCGACUGGCAUCUGCUUCAGCUUUGGGAUAUCAGUGACCCGAGACUUUGGAGUGGAAUGUCUGAAGCAGUCGGGGACAGGGAUGUAUUUAUUACCUGUAUGCAUUAACUUCAAACAGGGGACUGUAAGAUCUCACAGACUCACCUCCUACCUAAUGUAGAAUGCAGUGUAUAUACCAAACAGUUCUUCUGUUUUGCAACAAGUUUCUUCAAAUGGUCUUAUUUAAAAAUAUUUUUCUUUUUUUUGUUUGUUUCUUGAGGGGUUGGGAAAGGGGGAAGUUGAUAUGCAUGCUUUUUAGUAAUCCCUCAUUCUGCUCUGAUUUGAGAUUUUUGCUUAUUUUUAACCAAUGGAGAUGUAAUAUUUUUUGUAUUGUACUUCAAAUGGGAAACACGUGUGAUGGCAGGGCUAUCCAAGAAAUGGGAGGUCUUAUUUUGUUACUAAAUGAGAACCUAAUUAUAUUUAUAUUCCGAUGGCUGCUUCUCAUGAAUUCUUCAAACUGAGCCCCCCCCCACGCCCCCACCCGCCUCCUCCCCACACCACGCCCAGCUGACCCUUCCUUCAUGGUGCCAGUGUUGACAUAGUGGGCCACCCAUCACUUGUGUCUGAGUCCAUAGCCCCUUGAUUCUAGCCCCACUGCAGUCACUGAGCACAGAAUCCUCAAGCUGGCUCUCAUUGGUGCAGCACAGAGGAAGUGCAGCACUGUGAAUGUUACCAUGCUUCAGAUGUUUAAAAACCUUGCAAAAAUGGUAUAUGAACAACCCCGCGGCACUGUUGAAAGAAGUGCAGGAGGUGGCCUGGGCUAAAUACCUCUCCACAAACACCAGGAAAGGAGAGCAGAUGACCUGGUCAUUUUCAUGUUGCUGUUUGUUGGAACUUGCUGUGUCUAGGUUGGCUGCUGCGUUCUCAAUGUUACAGCAGUGUCUGCAAUUAAGGCAGUGCAUUGGCUAUGAACUACUUUGGUGCCUGAACUUGUACAAGGUGCAGAAGCAUCACGCUCCCAUCUCUAUCCUUCAUUGUUGCAGCCUCCAAAGUGUUUGGGAAUCCCAUGGACUUUUGUGGCCUGGUGUCUAAUGUCAUAAUUUAAUUUGAGUCCAACUGAAAAGUUGCCGCAGCUGUUCCCAUCUAAUGUGUGGCAUGGAGAAGGAGGAGGAAGCAGGGUGAGUUUGGGAAGAGGCAGCCUCUCAGUCUGCACAGUAAGUGGAAGACGGACAAUGAAGUGAAAUUUCAACACGGCUAAAUGUGAAAAGUUACAUUUUGUUCAAAAUAAACAACCAACAUAUUACUUGGAAAAACCGAUGUCAGUGAUUAUAGGGGGAGCAAAUUAACCUGGGAUGGUGAAUAUGCAAAUGGUGAAAAGUCAUGACACAGAUCUCUAAAAGCUGAGAAAAAGCAAGCCGUGCAGUUGGGUUUACUUCCACAGGAGGAAAAUGGAUAAGUAGAGAGGUUAUCCAUCCCAAAGCCAUAGCGAACCUUGGUCAAACCCAUUGGGAGGACCCCGGGCAGCUCUGAUCACAAUAUCACAAAGAUCCAGAGGAAUGGAACUUCUGCAGCGAGAGACUGACACGGUUAAUGCCAAAAAGGUGCCAGAGGUUCAGACGAAAAUGCCCAGGGUUGGGUGGUUUUCUUUUAUCUUGAUAAAAGAAAGCUGAGAGUUAACUUGACCAAACCUAGUUCAAAAGAUUAAAGAUCGGGGCAGAGAAAAUGUUUCCUCUGAUGAAGAAGGGCAGAAGCCAUAACAUCACUACUGAGACCCUGAGGGAAUUCAGGGAGAAAUGUCUCGCUAUCCAGACACUGACAAGAAGGUGGAGCUCCUAGCAAGUUGCGUGGAGGGGAGGUAAGGUGAGCACACGUGCGAGAGAGGAGACAGGCUUUGCUGAAUGGGGUGGUGAAGCUGGAAAGAGGCUUCUGUGCUAGUACGGACCUGUUGGGCUGAACAGCCUGACACAAUUCUGCGGAAUCUAUUGAGCGUAUUUAAAGGAAUGACUUGGCUGGGAGAAGGGCACCACCUGGUGGGGGGAAAGCAAAGUGACGCACUGGCCGAUUCUGUGAACUGGAUUUCACUGUCUCAAACUGGCACGGAAUAUCAUGGAAAUAAACAGAAUGGGGAAUGUGCAGAGUCUAAUCCUGAGGGUCGAUAGCCACAACCCUGGCACCAUCACUGCAGUUCCAUUCUCUGCCGAGAUGUUUAAUUUCUGAUACUUUGUUUUAAAAUGAUCAAGUGCUCUUCCUAUUCGAAGUAAAGCAUUCUGUUCUCCUCUGGAAUUUCUUGUUUAAGCAAAUCAACCAAUUAAACAAAAUGAUUACACUGUGAAGGCUGGAAGUAUGAAAAGAAAACAGAACAUUACUGGGAUUACUAGCGAAAGACCUGCAUCGAUAACUGUGUUUGCCCCAGACGUUCCCUGACCUGCUGAGUAUUUCCAGCGGUCGUGGUUUUCAUUGAAGCGAAUGAAAUCAGGCUCGUACUUUCUGGUGAGGGAUUGUUGGUGAAACGAGACAGUGUCGGUUUUUGUACAAAUGCUUUGUCACCCCUCUCCUGCCGAUGUGAUUCUAUCAACACAACGUGAUGGAAUUGGAGGGAGCUAAUCAUUUGCUGAAUUUGUCCUCUGGGAGCACCUGUUCUUCUGUACUGUGCAGCAGUUUGAAAACAGCCUCUUGCAUGGUGAAGAAUGGGCUCAUUUAUUGGACCUGAUCCCCCUACCCCUACCUCCUUUAUCCUGCUAAUUGCUAACAACAACCCACUUAACUGGGGACAAUCACUGGACAUUUGCCAGUUAUCCCCUUUAAACAAGCUCAGGUCCUUUGGCCUCGUACCCCAAAUCUGCAAUGUCUGGUUUUGAGCCUCCCACUUAUGGUAACAGUUUGAUCCCAUCGGGUGCCUUCGUAACUUGGAGCACCGCUGUUCCAUUUGGCCUGCACCUUCUCUGUUCUCAGGAGAAAGCCUCACUUUCUCCCAAUUCCUCCGGGGACUGGAGGAUUCAUAGUCUCUGAAUAUGUAAUCUAUGCAUAAUUUUUAAUGGUGUUUUCUUUUUAACCUGAGGGUAAUGAUGGGUACACAGUAAAUUAC